GAAAACAGCACCCAUUUGGUGUGGUUACAUUGAACAGUUCAAAGGCAACUGAAGCAAUCGAAUCUAGUUUCAGCUAUUUCUUUUCUAAACUCUUUACGCCAAGUGGUUCCUUUGUAAACCAUGGGGCUAACAAUUUCAUCUUUGUUUUCUAAGCUCUUCGGCAAGAAACAGAUGAGGAUACUUAUGGUUGGCUUGGAUGCAGCUGGAAAAACCACUAUCCUUUAUAAGCUGAAACUUGGAGAGAUUGUUACCACCAUUCCAACUAUUGGUUUUAAUGUUGAGACAGUUGAGUAUAAGAAUAUCUGUUUCACGGUAUGGGAUGUGGGUGGCCAGGACAAAAUCAGACCCCUGUGGAGGCACUACUUUCAGAAUACACAGGGCCUCAUAUUUGUUGUGGACAGCAAUGACAGAGAAAGAAUAGCAGAAUCCGCAGAGGAGCUGUCCAAAAUGUUGCAAGAGGAUGAGCUUAGAGAUGCAGUUUUGCUGGUAUUUGCUAACAAACAGGAUCUUCCAAAUGCUAUGGCUGUGAGUGAUCUCACAGACAAACUAGGCCUACACAGCCUGCGGAGCAGAACCUGGCAUGUUCAGGCCACCUGUGCUACCCAGGGCACUGGUCUCUAUGAGGGGCUGGACUGGUUAUCCAAUGAGCUUUCAAGGCAUUAGAACUGGGGAAACCCACUAGAGAAAGACUUGAGUGAAAAAGCAGCUUGAACGGGAGCAGAAGACAAGCGAGAUACAGAUGGGUACCAGAAGACCGUUUCAUAAGAAGAAAGAUUUUUAAAUUAUCAGUGUGACAGCUGAGUGGAACUUGAAGUCAUGGACUUCGUAAUCACUUCCUGUUCUGAAACAUGUUUCUUUUCCUUUCUCCUCUGUUCCUCCUGUUGUCAUCCUCUGCAGAUGUUUCUUAGACUGAUUUUUUUUUUAUCUUUCCUCAUGCCACCAUUACUCCUCCUUCAGCACAAUGAUGUUUUAAGCUGCAUGAUGAUGUUUUGAGAUUAUAAAAUGCAAGACAUAACAGAAUUGUAUGAUGGUUGUGGUAAUGAUGACUUCUGUGAUAUAUUAGGAGAGGGUGGGUUGGGGUUAAUGGGAUCAAGAUAUGUGUGUGAGCAAAAGGGGCACUGUAGCCCCUUUUCAAGUGUUACAACCCCUCCUCCUUCCUGUGGAUAGAUUGCCCGGGGGCAAUUUCCACUUCUAAGUUAUGUGAAGGACCUUUAGUCAUGUUAAGGGCCAUUA